UUCACGCAUAAUUUGACAAAAUGUAAAAUAUUUCGGUCCAAAACAGGAUGUCCUUGCUAAUACAGACGGUUCUGUGAGCCAAAACAAUGCGCCACUAUUUUGUCAUGCGUAUGGUGAGGCGAGCGGUCGCUUUGAGCGCCGAGUAUACAUUAAAACAUGACGAAAGUGUGACGCAAUCGGGACGUAGCCAAUUAAAAUCGUUUUGUGAUAAAGUGGGCGGGGCGUGCAGCUUAUUAUUUACAGUACUGCAAUUCGAAAGCGCAGUUUGUUACUCCAGUGUCUCCUGAAUAAGUCAUUAUUACUAUUUUGGAAUAUUCUGGUAGCAAUUAGAAAUUUGUUACAACAGUUAUUUGCUGUUGUUACAUAGGACGGAUUUCGAGAGGAAUAGGGUUAAUGUUAAAUUGAUUAAUAUAUUUUUACAUUUUACAAUAUGGACAUUUUUGGCCAAAAUAAGUCACAGAUGAACACCACCAUUCCGACUGAAAACUGGACAUCUAUAUACUCUAUAGUUCGAUGGAUUCAAAUAACAAUGGCCGUCCUAAGCAUUUUAGGUGCUGGCUCCAUAAUCUUAUGUGCCUGUUUAAAAGGACUAAUAAGAAAACCAGAGGUGCUGCCGUUAUUCUUGUUAAGUGUAACAGACCUGCUGUUAGCUUUGAGUUGGAUGUGUGGAGGUCUUCUCUUCACCCAGUCCUGUAAAGCUUACGCCACCUGCUACAACCUCCACAUAGUGGAACAGACGCUUUACAUGGCCUCGUUCUUCUAUACGCUGCACUAUGUUUGGGUGCUCUACACCGGACUACUGGGGAAGUACAAGAGACUCAACGGUUUCCCUGGCGAGAAUCCAGCAAACACAAGAAGCUGCAGAUGUCUUGGUCCUGUACUGUCAUGUCUUUUGCCUUUAAUGCUCACAGCGCCCGUGUUUGUAGCAGGAAAUGUGUUUCAGUGUUACACAAACUUCACCCAGCCCUACAGAUGUUUGCUGAUGCAUACGGGGGCUGUGUAUCUCACCUCAACUGUAAAUACAGAAAUGACAGCAUGUAGUGUCAUUCAAGACUACUGCAUGACCAUUUUCCUUACUACCUUCCUCAUCACCUUCAUUGGCAUCACGACUCUCAUGUGUAAAACUCGCUCCCUGUACAAGCGUGUCAUCACGUCUCAAGGUUUCUUUUGUGACAAUCAUUGGGAAACUCUGCGUCUCCUGGAACGGCGUAUGCUGCUUUAUCCCUCAGCCUUCUUCUUCUGCUGGGGACCAGCAAUAUUUCUGGCCGCUAUGAUGUUGGUGAAGCCGGACAUAAUAGAGGGAAGGAUGGGAGUCAUUCUCUACAUCCUACAGGCCUUCACCUCUGCUUCUCAGGGUCUGUUAAACUGCCUGGUUUAUGGCUGGACGCAGCAGCACUUUCGCUCUCUCAGCGGCAGCAACACCGUACAGGACGCCAACACCCAGACUCCCCUGCUGCGCUCCCAGAAACGAAACUACGCUGCUUUGCGAUCUGCUGCAUCACUCACCAAUUUUGUCUGACAGAAAGACACGCAAGAGUCUCUGUAGUGCAUUGCGAAGAUGCUUUAAACCAAAGUGACUGAAUCGAACCCAUGACUUGGCUGUUGCGAGCGUCGUGCUCUACACAUCGAGCUACCAGAGCCAAUACAGCACACACUGCAGUGUCAGAAAAACUGAAGACUGAAACAAGCAAAAUAUCUGUGCUCUGUCAUGCGUGAAGCCAACAGAUGCGUUUGGUCUUGAUGAAAGCAAACAAAGCAGAAGCCGUUUGUUUUGCUGUGGUAUUACCAACACCAGAUGAGAAGCUCUACUGAAAAGGGAGCUGAACGUUUCUUCUUCUACCUUGGUUUUGUUUUGAGAUUUCAGAUGCUGCACCUGCUGCUAGUUUCAUCGUUCACCGUUUCAUCAUCCAGCUUCUAUAAUACUUGCUUUUGCAAUGACACGAUCGAGACUUUCAGAUCGAGACGCACUGCUGAGCUGUCAAAAAGGGAAAGACCUAGGGGGAUUACAGCCAGAGGGAAAUAGCUCUGAAACAGGAUCUGAGAGGACAAUGCUGCUGCUUUCCAUCCACAAAAAAUGCGCUGAACCCACCCACACAUAGUGGGUAUCAAUUACUGCUAAAGGAGCAUGAAAUAAAUCAUUUCCUCUUAAUAAACAAUACAGCUGUGAGCAGACUUCUCAGUGGAUAUUAUUAUUGAAGAAUACAGCUGAUGAGAAAUAUAAGUUGCAGGAAAAGUACCUUGUCAAGAUAGUAGCAAUAAAAUAAGCAUUUUUCUUUACAGUCACGGAAAACCUGGAGAUGUAAGGGAAAUAUUUAGAUUUUUAGGCUUGGUUCUUGGUUUUGUCAUCAGUUACCCACCCUUGUGUCAUUUCAAACCCAUAAAACUUUUCUUUAUCGUUGAAACACAAAGAUAAUGAAACUUGACUGAUUUCUGUCCUUCCAUCAUCAGAGUAAUCCAGUAAUCCAAGCUUUCAUAAGAGAAACAGUUACCAGAACAAACCUCAUAUGAAUUACUUUUAUGAUGUCUCUAUGAAUUUGAGUCAUCAAAGUUUCGUUUGUGUGACCUUUCGUUGGAAGGACAGAAAUCUCUUAGGUUUCAUUAAAAAAUAUUUUCAUUGAUGUUUCAAUGAACAAAAGUAGAGUGACAUGAGUAACUGAUGACAGAGUUUUCAUAUUUAGGCAAACCCUUUAAAAUAUCUGUGGGAAUUUCUGUAGUUGGUAACAUUUUCUAGUUAUGCUUUGUAAAAUAUGUUUUUGAAUAUUGGAGUGCAAUCCCUGUUACAUUUUAAAACUCCUUGUUUUGUUAUUACAAACAGUUGGAAAAGUCAUAAAUGACAUGUUGCACCGUU